CGGCUCUCGCGAUAACCGCUGGCUCCGCCCCAUGUCGGGGCGACACCCUCGCCGCCCUGUUUUUUGUGGGCAGGCGUUUGCGGCAGAGGACUGGAGAGCCGGGUUCCUGGUUCUUUGGUUUCUAGAGUCACAAGACUUUGUCAUCCUGAGCUGCAUGAUUUUAUGAGAUUCAGAGUUUCGGUCCUAACUUCCUAUGUUGGAAGGAGACCCGACUCCAGCUGGCCUUCCUGGUGCCUAUGGUCUGCACAUAUGACCAAGCCUUCAGAGUGAUUGGCCUACCUUGAGGUCCACCCCAAAAUCGGAACAUCAGUGAAGGACCUUUCCGUCCACAAAGCCAGUGUCCAGAACUCACACAGGAGGAUGCCCCUCUUCUUUCGGAAGCGGAAACCCAGUGAGGAGGCUCGGAAACGCCUGGAGUACCAGAUGUGUCUGGCAAAAGAAGCUGGGGCAGAUGACAUUCUCGACAUCUCUAAAUGUGAACUCUCUGAGAUUCCGUUUGGGGCUUUUGCAACGUGCAAAGUUCUGCAGAAAAAGGUGUUGAUUGUGCAUACAAACCACCUCACCUCCCUGCUUCCCAAGUCCUGCAGCCUCUUGAGCCUUGCCACCAUCAAGGUUCUGGAUCUCCAUGACAACCAGCUGACAGCCCUUCCUGAUGACGUGGGGCAGCUGACAGUCCUGCAGGUACUGAACGUGGAAAAGAAUCAACUGACGCAUCUCCCACGCUCUGUUGGGAACCUGCUGCAGCUCCAGACCCUCAGUGUGAAAGACAACAAGCUGAAGGAGCUUCCUGACACACUGGGAGAGCUGCAAAGCCUGCGGACCCUUGACAUCAGUGAGAACGAGGUUCGGAGACUGCCUCAGAUGCUGGCUCAUGUGCGGACCCUGGAGACGCUGAGCCUCGACGCCUUGUCCAUGGUCUACCCGCCUCCAGAGGUGUGUGCUGCUGGUACUGCAGCUGUGCAGCAGUUCCUUUGCCAAGAGUCAGGACUGGAGUAUUAUCCCCCUUCUCAGUACCUACUGCCAGUCCUAGAGCAAGAUGGAGCUGAGAACUCCCAGGACAGCCCCGAUGGACCCAUAAACAGAUUCUCCAGGGAGGAGGCUGAAUGGCAGAACCGGUUCUCCGACUAUGAGAAGCGAAAGGAGCAGAAGAUGCUGGAGAAGCUGGAGUUUGAGCGGCGCCUGGACCUCGGGCAGCGAGAGCAUGCCGAGCUGCUGCAGCAGAGCUACAGUCACAAGGAUGAGAUCCUGCAGUCAGUCAAGCAGGAGCAGACACGGCUGGAGCAGGGCCUGAGUGAGCGCCAGCGCUGCCUCGAUGCAGAGCGGCAGCAGCUGCAGGAGCAGCUGAAGCAGACCGAGCAGAGCAUCGCCAGCCGCAUCCAGAGACUCCUGCAGGACAAUCAGAGGCAGAAAAAGAGUUCUGAGAUUCUGAAGUCACUGGAGAAUGAGAGAAUAAGAAUGGAACAGUUGAUGUCCAUAACCCAGGAGGAGACAGAGAACCUGAGGCAACGUGAGAUCGCCUCGGCCAUGCAGCAGAUGCUGACCGAGAGCUGUAAGAGCCGGCUCAUCCAGAUGGCCUAUGAGUCUCAGAGGCAGAGCCUGGUCCAGCAGGCCUGUUCCAGCAUGGCGGAAAUGGACAAGCGGUUCCAGCAGAUUCUGUCAUGGCAGCAGAUGGAUCAGAGCAAAGCCGUCAGCCAGAUCCUUCAGGAGAGUGUGAUGCAGAAGGCUGCAUUUGAGGCUCUCCAGGUGAAGAAAGACCUGGCGCAUCGGCAGAUCAGGAACCAGAUUAGGCUAAUAGAGACUGAGUUACUGCAGCUGACACAGCUGGAGUUAAAGAGGAAGUCCCUGGACACAGAGACGCUGCAGGAGAUGAUCUCAGAGCAGCGCUGGGCACUCAGCAGCCUGCUCCAGCAGCUGCUCAAGGAGAAGAGGCAGCGAGAAGAGGAGCUCCAUGACAUCCUGGUGGAAUUAGAAGCCAAGAGCGAAACCAAGCAGGAAAAUUACUGGCUUAUCCAGUACCAGCGGCUCUUGAACCAGAAGCCUCUGUCCUUGAAGCUGCAGGAAGAAGGCCUGCAGCGCCAGCUGGUGGCCCUGCUGGUGGAGCUGUCUGCCGAGCACUACCUGCCCAUCUUCGCACACCACCGCAUCUCGCUGGACAUGCUGAGCCGAAUGAGCCCUGGAGACCUGGCUAAGGUGGGUGUCUCGGAAGCAGGCCUGCAACAUGAGAUCCUACGGAGGGCCCGGGACCUGGCAGAUGCGGCCAGGGUCCAACCAGAGGACGCCUGUCCUGCAGCUCCACCACUAGAUGGCGCUAUGGCCCCAGAGUUGGAACCACCCAAGGGUGAGGUCCUUGGUGUCCUGGAGCCCCCCGCAGCACCUCGGGAGCCUCCCGAGUCAGUGAGACCAUCUGCUCCCCCAGCAGAACUGGACAUGCCGACCUCAGAGUGUGUUGUGUGCCUGGAACGUGAGGCCCAGAUGGUCUUCCUCGCCUGCGGCCACGUCUGCUGCUGCCAACAGUGUUGCCAGCCGCUGCGUACCUGCCCGCUGUGCCGCCGGGAGAUCUCCCAGCGCCUCCGGAUCUACCACAGCAGCUGAGUGCACAGCUGCCUGCCAGCCGGCGCUGGCCCUCGCUUGGCACCAUCCCCACCGCUGCUGGGCUUCCACACACCCAUGUUCCCCAGACUAGGGCAAGACUGCCAUGGCCUUUUGCCACCCCCUGCGGCCCCCACUGCCUUGAGCUCCAGGCAGGCAGGUGGCGUGUUCCUGGUCUGUGACACAGUGACACAGUCUGGACAGUGAACAGGAGAUGGGCAUAUCUGCUAGUGAUGGCAUAUCUGCUAGUGAUGGAGCCUGUGGGACAGGGACAGGGUCCAGGCUGUGGAGGUGGCCAUGCCACCAGCAGGACUCAGGAAUCCAUGUUACUAGGCAAGCCUUAGUGCCACAGCCAGCUGUCUGCCCCUCUGGAGGUGUCCUUAUCUGUGGCGUGUACCAGCCAUUGGCCUGAGGUGGGGCGGUGUUUGGGUCGGGGUGGGCUGUGCAGGACCACUCCCUCCCCAGCUCUUCUGCUGCUUUCCAGUACCCGCCCUCCCAUAUCUGCAUCCUCAGCCCACAAGGCAACUUGAUUCAAACAGGAACACCAAUAAAUCUGAGUUCCUCCCUGA